UAGGGCCCCCGGUCUGUUUUCCUCUAGUGUCGGAGAGAAGAAAGAUGGCGACUGCAUGCAAUCGUAAACGGAACGCUGUUCAUUCGUUUUGAGCGUUACCACUCAAACCAAAACCGGGGAUUCACGGGACUACAGCUUCGACACCUUAACAAGACAAGCUUUCCUACGGUGCCCGUUUCCUGGGCUCUGUUUAAACUGAAUAAAGCUACAAUUGAUACUAACAAUCCCAGGUUUAUCCAGCAUGAGGGGGAGGAGAGGCAGGCCGCCCAAAACCCCGCCGGCCGAGGAGGCUUGCACCGGGCCGGUAAGAGGUCUGAGACCUCGCCGAGCGGUGCGGGAGAAGCCGAGCAGCAGUCCCGAACCCGAGCUUGAGAGCCCCAAGAGAGGCCGUGCCAGCACGCGGGGCAAAAGGAAGGCACGGGCAUCAUCGGCGGGCAGGGGCAAAGGGAGAGGCCGGGUUAAAGGUGGCAGAGGCAGGAGCAGGAGGACUGUGGCAGGAUCGGUGGUCUAUGAUGACCACGAGAGCGAUGAGGAAGACGAUGCCGUGAGUUUGAGAUCUGAAGAAGAAGAGUUUGAUGAAGAGGACCCGGUAACAGACGUGGAAGAGGAGACUGUUAACGAGGAGUCUGACUGCCUUGAAGACGUUCUCGAGGAGGAUGGUGAUGAUGCUAGCUUCUGCACCGACAGCAGCUUUCGUAGCCAAAGCACUCUCGCCAGUACUCCCGGCCGUAAGAAGAGGGUGUCCAGGGCGAUGUGUCCAGUGUUGGAGGAGAAGAACGUCCCCCCCCUGGUUCUACCCCCCAGCUCAGAGGAUCUGCUGCUCCCGCCCCCCCUGCUGCUCCCUGUGGCCUCUGUCUACGAGGCCCUUCGCACCUUCUCCUCCGCCCUGCGACUCUCCCCCUUCCUGUUUGAGGACUUUUGCGCGGCGCUGGUGGGGCUGGAGCAGGGCCCCCUGCUGGCCGAGACGCACACUGCGCUGCUCAGAGGCAUACUGCGGGAGGAGGAGGCCAGCAACACCUGGUUCGGCCCGGCCGACCUGAGGGACAGCGCCAACUCAACCCUGUUCUUCCUGGACGGGAUGACGUGGCCCGAGGUGGUGCGGGCUUACUGCGAGAGCGACCGUGAGUUCCACCAUGUGCUUCCCCACCAGGAGGGGGAGGGCUAUCCCUGUGGACCUCCGGCCAGCAAGGUGAAGGUGCUGCAGUUCCUGGUGGACCAGUUCCUCACUACCAGCCUGGCGCGAGACCAGCUGAUUUCCUCAGAGGGAGUGGUUGCCUAUGAUGACCACUGCCGCGCAUGCCAUCGUCUUGGCGACCUGCUGUGCUGCGAGGCGUGCUCGGCUGUGUAUCACCUUGAGUGUGUGGUUCCUCCGCUGGCCGCUGUGCCGGAGGACGACUGGCAGUGUGAGGUGUGUGUGGCACACCAGGUGCCGGGCGUGUGUGUGUCUGACGCCCAGCGGUCCAGACCUUACCUCCGCCACGAGCCCCUGGGAUAUGACCGACACCGCAGGAAGUACUGGUUCCUCAACCGCAGGAUUAUAGUGGAGGAGGAGGUGUGUGAUCUGGAGGCCGGUGGGGGCGUGUGGUACUACAGCACCAGACUGCAGCUGCAGGAGCUGCAGUCCCGGCUGGACCCUGCGUACUGGGAGGCCGAUCUGGUCUGCAGCCUGGAGGAGCAGAUGCAGGAGAUCCACCACCACAUGGAUGUCACCAUGGAGCUCACCUGCAAUGCCCGCAAACACAACCCUGACUUCCUCUCUGCUGCCGAUGAGGAGGUACAGAAGCGACUGAGGGCCAGAGAGGAGGAGAGGAGACGUGAGGAGGAGAGAGAGAAACUGUCUGGAGAGCAAGACAACACACACGAGAAGCAGUUGGAAUCAGAGUCCCGUGAUGAGAACGACCCUGUACAGCCCCAGUCUGACUCUGCAGGCCCCAGGAGGCCAGAGAAACCAGACUUGUGUGACGGCCUGUCCCAGUCCUCCUUCACCAGCCAGGACGUGUCAGCUGAAGGUCGGGAGCAGGUAAAUGGACAGGUGAGCCAGCAAAGGAGUCUGCAGAGCAGCCGAGCAGGAAGCCCCACUCCCCGGGACAGUAAGGAGGCCUCCUUUGCUCCGGCUGCGGGCUCGGCCCGGGGGCAGAGGGUGGCGCAGGAUGGCCUGUUCAGGCUGGGCCAGGAGGGGCAGCACCGACAGUACCAGAACCAGUACAACACCAACACACUGGCCCUCAACAAGCACCAGCACCGUGAAGAGCAGGAUAAGCGGCGCCAUCUAUCCCACAAGUUCAGCCUGACACCGGCGGCUGAGUUCCAGUGGAGCGGCCCCGUCCACGGGAGCCAGCUCCAGACCGUGUCCACUCUCAGGCUCACCAUCGUGCAGCUGGAGAGCAGCCUGCCGGCCGUGUUCAUGCACCCCAACUGGGCCUCGCACAGGAACAACUGGACCAGGGCGGUGCACAUGUGCAGCAAGGCCCGGGAGUUCUCUCUGGCACUCGCCAUCUUGGAGUGUGCCAUCAAACCCGUCGUCAUGCUGCCGGUCUGGAGGGACUCGCUAGGGCACACCAGACUGCGUCGUAUGACUGCAGUGGAGCGUGAGGAAAAGGAAAAGCUGAAGAAGAAGGAGAAGAAGCUGGAGGAUGAGGAGACCAUGCAGCAGGCCACAUGGGUCAAAUACUCCUUCCCUGUCAAACACCAGGUGUGGAAGCAGAAGGGUGAAGAGUACAGGGUGACGGGCUACGGGGGGUGGUGCUGGGUCAGCAGAACCCAUGUGCCUCGCUUCCUGCCCCGGUUACCUGGCAACACCAACGUCCACUACCGAUCUGCCCUGCAGGCCUCAACCCCGGCUCCAGCCUCUUCCUGCCCUUCAGAGAAGGAUGGACAGAGCAGGACGGAGGAGAAGGAUGGACAGAGCAGGACGGAGGAGAAGGAUGGACAGAGCAGGACGGAGGAGAAGGAUGGACAGAGCAGGACGGAGGAGAAGGAUGGACAGAGCAGGACGGAGAAGAUGGAGGAUGACCCAGUAGACACUUGUCCUGAUGAGCCGAAAGGUGAACCACAUGGCAUAGGACCCUCCCACCAGGCUGUGAAGGAGGAGCCUAGCGAUGAUCAGGUGACGAACAUGGAGGUGGAGUCUGGGGCCCAGAGAGACUCCAGACCAGGGGAGUGUAGCCCAAGCUGCACGCCAGGCUCGCGUCCCGGCAGCUACGACCUGGUGAACGUGAGCGAGGGCCUGCAGCUGAGGACGGCCUACAGGAAGAAGGUGAAGUCCUCCCGCCUGGACGGCCUUCUGGAGCGCAGGGUCAAGCAGUUCACCCUGGAGGAGAGGCAGAGGCUGGAGAGGCUGAAGAUGUCCUACACCCAGCCCAGGACCUCAACCCUCUCCCUGGACACCCAGCCCAGGUCCUCAGCCUCUUCCCAGGCUAUGGGGUCACUCCAAGCAGUACCGAUGGCACGAGACGAGGUGGUCAAAUGGCUGGAGUUUGACCAGGAGAAGAUGGCCGAUGACCAGAAGAUUUCAGGAGAGACAGACACCCUGGAUGUGCGGUUAGGCUCCGCCCAGCCCACUGCUAAAGGACCGAUGGGGGAGCUGAGAGGAGGAGCCACUGGGACAGCCAAUCAUGUCCAUGGGAAUGGAGAGUCCCAGAGGUGCUUGGCAGCUGAGCGGACGGCGUCUGGUGCAGAGAGGACCGCUGUGCCCUGCCAGACAGCAGACAGCGGACUGAGAAACAGCCAGGUGAACGGGGGGGGUGGGACCAGCAGCCUAGAGGCAGGUGACGGAGCCCAGCCUGGCCUGGGGGCGGGGCCAGGAGAGGGGGCGGGGCCUGUCCCAUCCCUGAUGAAUGGCGGCCAUCAGGACAGCCUUAAGCUCAGCAAUCCUACACUUCCCAGCAGCCCUGCGGUGGUGGGCGGGGCUAGAGACCAGAGAAGCCCUGCGGGUGACCCGCCCCCGGCUAAGGUCCCCAGACUGGACCCCUACACAGAAGCCGUGAUGAACCGCACAGAUGGUGCCGUGCUUCCCCGAGAGACGGGAGGGACCUCGUCCAGCAAGGCCCCUCCCAGCGAGGACUCGGCAGAGAGCAGGCGGGCGGGACGGCAGCUCAGCUCCUCAGCUGUGUCGACACAGGCUAGGCCUCUGCGGCCAGCCCUGCCCUCCCUCACCUUCUCCCCCCAGAACAUGGUCCCUCACCUCCAUUCCCCUGCCCUGGGGGUCGUCUCCCAGGAGACCAGAGCCGUCGCCACGGCUAGCGUCUCACGGGGCGGAGCGGGAAGCUCCAUGUCGGUCUCCAGGGAGUACUCCACCAGGGGACGGGUGUGUCUGCUCCGCCCUGCCCGCGGCCGCAGGGCCCGCUCGGGCAUCGCCUUGCCCUCCUACCGCAAGUUUGUGACCAAGAGCAGUCAGAAGAGCAUCUUCGUCCUGCCGAGCGACGAGCUGCGGCGUCUGGCUCGCAAGGCGGGCGUCAGAGAGGUGCCCGUCUUCAACUACAGCGCCAAGCCAGCGCUGGACGUCUGGCCCUACCCCUCCCCCAGACCCACCUUCAGCAUCACCUGGAGGUACCGUCUCCAGACUGUACGUUCCUUAGCAGGGGUCAGCCUGCUACUGCGGUUGCUGUGGGCAUGUCUCCGCUGGGAUGACAUGGCCGUCAAGCCUUCCUCCAAUGCAGGCACCUCCAGGAAAGAGACCACGGACACUGAGAGCACCACGACAGAGAUCAUUAAGCGCCGGGACGUUGGCCCCUACGGUAUUCGCUCUGAGUUCUGCAUCCGGAAGAUCGUCUGCCCUCUGGGUGUCCCUGACGCUCCUAAAGACACCCCGACCCCCCAGCGCAAGGGGCUCCGCUCCAGCGCCCUGCGCCCCAGAAAGGCCACCCCCACCAAGCAAACGGGCCCUGUCGUCAUGGAGACCUGGGUGGCGGAGGAGGAGUUGGAGCUGUGGGAGAUCAGGGCCUUCUCAGAAAGGGUGGAGAAGGACCGUCCGCACACAUCAGAGGAGGUGAAGGCUGAACUGGAGAUGCAGCUUAAACAGCAGAGGCUGGCGGCUCAACAGAAGCGUUUAGAGCAGCAGAGGUAUGGCUCCUCUGUCUCCUCCUCCACCCCUGGGGGUCAGAGAUUCAUGGGGGGGUCAUCAGCACCCCCCAGCUCCAGACUGGCCACGCCCCCCUCCCCCCAGCCCUCCAGGAACUUCCAGCAGAGUUUUGCUUCCUGGGUGUCAGAGGGGCACAGCAGCACUCCGGAUGGGGCCCAGCAGAAGACUCCCUCCACCCUGCGCACCUACAGCACCCGCCACCCCACCACCACCUUCUCACCCCGGCCCUCCACCCUGGACAACACAGACCAGAGUCAUGUGACCCAGCGAGGCCAGUCUGCCUCCAGCCCCGCCUCGGCACCCACAGUGGGGGUCCCUGCACCACCUGCAACGGUCCCGGCCCCCACUUCAGCGGCCCCAGACCCCCAGACCCCCCGCCCCCAGCAGGGCCAGGUCAAGCUCACCCUGGCUCAGCUAACACAGCUUACACAGGGUGCUCAGGGCUCCAGCCAGGGGCUGACGGUGGUGAUCCAGGGCCAGGGCCAGACCAGGGGCCAGCUACAGAUCCUCCCCCCAGGGGUGGCUGUCCUUCCUGGGCUGGGACAGCAGCUUAUGCAGGCUGCCAUGCCCAACGGCCAGGUGCAGCGCUUCCUCUUCACCCCUCUACCCCCUGCCUCUACCCCAGCCUCUACACCUGCCCCUGCCUCUACUCCCACCUCUACCCCCUCCUCUAUCCUAGCCCCUGCCUCUACUCCCACCUCUACCCCCUCCUCUAUCCCAGCCCCUGCCUCUACUCCCACCUCUACCCCCUCCUCUAUCCCAGCCCCAGCCUCUACUCCCACCUCUACCCCAGCCUCUAUCCCAGCCCCUGCCUCUAAAACCACCUCCAAUCCUGCCUCUACCCCCACCCCUGCCUCUACCCCAGCCCCUGCCUCUAAAACCACCUCUACCCCCUCCUCUAUCCCAGCCCCUGCCUCUAAAACCAUCUCCAAUCCUGCCUCUACCCUCGCCCCUGCCUCUACCACCACCUCUACCUCUAGCACUGCACGUGCAUCCACAACCAUCUCCGCCCUUGUCUCUACAACCACCCCUGCCUCUACAACCACCCCUGUCUCUACAACCACCCCUGCCUCUGCCACCGCCUCUACCCCCUUCCAUAUCUCUACCCCCACCCCUGCCACUAAAAUCACCCCCACCUCUUGCACCGCCCAUGCAUCCACAACCAUCUCCACCCCUGCCUCAACUACAGCUCCUGCCUCUAAAACCACCCCUGUCUCUACAACCACCCCCACCUCUAAAACCACCUCCACUCCAGCGUCUACAACCCCCCCUUCCUCUGUCUCUACAAUCACCUCCACCCCCUCUCCUAUAACCACUUCAGCCUCUACGACCAUCUCAGCCUCCACUCCCACCACCUACUCUGCUUCAUCCUUGUCUGCCUCCACCCUGUCCCUGGCGUCCACCGUGGCUACAGCCUCCACGCUAGCCCCAGCCUCCACCCCAGCCCCAGCCUCCACCCUGAACCCAGCUCCAGCCUCCACCAUGGUCCUAGCCUCUACAUUGGCCUCAGCUCCAGCCUCCACCAUGGCCCCAACCUCCACCCUGGCUCCAGCCUCUACACUAGCCUCAGCUUCAGCCUCCACCCUGGCCCCAACCUCCACCCUGGCUCCAGCCUCUACACUGGCCUCAGAUCCAGCCUCCACCUUGGCCCCAACCUCCACCUUGGCCCCAACCUCCACACUGGUCCCAACCUCCACCCUGGCUCCAGCCUCUACACUGGCCUCAGCUCCAGCCUCCACCUUGGCCCCAACCUCCACACUGGUCCCAACCUCCACCCUGGCUCCAGCCUCUACACUGGCCUCAUCUCCAGCCUCCACCUUGGCCCCAACCUCCACACUGGUCCCAACCUCCACCCUGGCUCCAGCCUCUACACUAGCCUCAGCUUCAGCCUCCACCCUGGCCCCAACCUCCACCCUGGCUCCAGCCUCUACACUGGCCUCAGCUCCAGCCUCCACCUUGGCCCCAACCUCCACACUGGUCCCAACCUCCACCCUGGCUCCAGCCUCUACACUGGCCUCAUCUCCAGCCUCCACCUUGGCCCCAACCUCCACACUGGUCCCAACCUCCACCCUGGCUCCAGCCUCUACACUAGCCUCAGCUUCAGCCUCCACCAUGGCCCCAACCUCCACACUGGCUCCAGCCUCUACACUGGCCUCAGUUCCAGCCUCCACCCUGGCCCCAACCUCCACCCUGGCCCUGGCCUCCACCAUGGCUACAGCCUCCACCCUGAACCCAGUUCCAGCCUCCACCCUGGCCCCAACCUCCACACUGGUCCCAACCUCCACACUGGCUCCAGCCUCUACACUGGCCUCAGUUCCAGCCUCCACCCUGGCCCCAACCUCCACCCUGGCCCUGGCCUCCACCAUGGCUACAGUCUCCACCCUGAACCCAGUUCCAGCCUUCACCAUGGCCCCAACCUCCACACUGGUCCCAACCUCCACCCUGGCUCCAGCCUCUACACUGGCCUCAGUUCCAGCCUCCACCCUGGCCCCAACCUCCACCCUGGCCCUGGCCUCCACCAUGGCUACAGUCUCCACCCUGAACCCAGUUCCAGCCUUCACCAUGGCCCCAACCUCCACACUGGUCCCAACCUCCACCCUGGCUCCAGCCUCUACACUGGCCUCAGCUCCAACCUCCACCCUGGUCCCAACAUCCACCCUGGUCCCAACCUCCACCCUGGCUCCAGCCUCUACACUGGCCUCAGCUCCAGCCUCCAUUAUGGCCCCAACCGCCAACCUGGUCCCAGACUCCACCGUGUCUCCAGCCUCCGUGGUGGGUUCUGCAGUGUCCUCAAACUCAAGAUGGGCUGUGAGGCCCUCUCUGCAGCCCAGGUGGAGGGCAGCAUUCCAGACCCCAGCUUCCUCCCAGCCUCCACCCAGCCUCCUCCCCCCAGCCUCCUCUCAGACACAGGCUCAGCCAGCAGGGGCUCCUGUUCCUGCCCCUGUCUCCAUACCUGCCCCUGAAGCAGCCCCUUUCUCUGUACCUGCCCAUGUCUCCUUACCUGCCCCUGUCUCCUUACCUGCCCCUGUCUCUGUACCUGCUCCUGUCUCUGUACCUGCCCCUGUCUCCUUACCUGCACCAGUCUCCUUACCUGCCCCUGUCUCCUUACCUGCCCCUGUCUCCUUACCUGCCUCAGACUCUAAACCUGCCCCAGUCUCUGUACCUGCACCUGUCUCUAAACCUGCCCCUGUCUCUGCACCUGUCUCUGCACCUGCCCCUGCACCUGUCUCUGUACCUGCCCCUGUCUCCUUACCUGCACCAGUCUCCUUACCUGCCCCAGUCUCUAAACCUGCCCCUGUCUCCUUACCUGCCUCAGACUCUAAACCUGCCCCUGUCUCCUUACCUGCCUCAGACUCUAAACCUGCCCCAGUCUCUGUACCUGCACCUGUCUCUAAACCUGCCCCUGUCUGCUUACCUGCCCCUGUCUCCUUACCUGCCUCAGACUCUAAACCUGCCCCAGUCUCUGUACCUGCACCUGUCUCUAAACCUGCCCCUGUCUGCUUACCUGCCCCUGUCUCCUUACCUGCCCCUGUCUCCUUACCUGCCCCUAAAUCUGCCCCUGUCUGCUUACCUGCCCCUGUCUCCUUACCUGCCCCUAAAUCUGCCCCUGUCUCUGCCCCUGUCUCUAUGCCUGCCUGUGUCUCCUUACCUGCCCCUGUCUAUAAACCUGCCUCUGUUCCCGCUUCUGUCUCUAAACCUAUCCCUUUUACUUCCUCUGUCUCCACACCUGUGCAUGCCCCUGUCUCCUUACCUUCCCCAAAAUCUGCCCCUGUCUCCUUACCUUCCCCUAAAUCUGCCCCUGUCUCCUUACCUUCCCCAAAAUCUGCCCCUGUCUCCUUACCUGCCCCUAAAUCUGCCCCUGUCUCCUUACCUUCCCCUAAAUCUGCCCCUGUCUCCUUACCUUCCCCAAAAUCUGCCCCUGUCUCCUUACCUGCCCCUAAAUCUGCCCCUGUCUCCUUACCUGCUCCUGUCUCUGUACCUGCCCCUGUCUCCUUACCUGCACCAGUCUCCUUACCUGCCCCAGUCUCUAAACCUGCCCCUGUCUCUGCACCUUCCACAGUCUCCUUACCUGCCCCUGUCUCCUUACCUGCCCCUAAAUCUGCCCCUGUCUGCUUACCUGCCCCUGUCUCCUUACCUGCCCCUAAAUCUGCCCCUGUCUGCUUACCUGCCCCUGUCUCCUUACCUGCCCCUAAAUCUGCCCCUGUCUCCUUACCUGCCCCUGUCUCCUUACCUGCCCCUAAAUCUGCCCCUAAAUCUGCCCCUGUCUCCUUACCUGCCCCUGUCUCCUUACCUGCCCCUAAAUCUGCCCCUGUCUCCUUACCUGCCCCUGUCUCCUUACCUUCCCCUAAAUCUGCCCCUGUCUCCUUACCUGCCCCUGUCUCCUUACCUGACCCAAAAUCUGCCCCUGUCUCCUUACCUGCCCCUAAAUCUGCCCCUGUCUCCUUACCUGCCCCUAAAUCUGCCCCCGUCUCUAUACCUGCCUGUGUCUCCUUACCUGCCCCUGUACCUCCCCCUGUCACCAUACCUGCCCCUGUACCUGCCCCUGUAUCUACCCCUGUGUCCGUAACUGCCCCUGUACAUGCCCCAAUUUCCUUACCUGCCCCUGUACAUGCCCCUGUAACCCCCCAAGUGUCCCCACAUUGUGCCCUUGUUACUCAAGUCUCCCUCCCCAGCCUGUCCCCCGCCAUGGCCCCGAUGUUCCAGACCCCAGCAUCUCCUCACCUGGUCUCCCCCACCAUCACCCAGACCACAGUGAAAUAUCCCCAGGCCCAGGCUCAGCACCAGGCCAAAGUCCAGACCCAGCUGAUCAUGGUGCAGACAGGGCUGCACCAGCAGGUCCAGGUGCUGUCUGCCCUGCCUCCUCAGCCUCAUUCCCAGCUCCAGCCUCACCCCCAGCCAUCGCUCCAGCCUCACCCCCAGCCAUCGCUCCAGCCUCAUUCCCAGCCAUCGCCCCAGCCUCACCCCCAGCCAUCGCCCCAGCCUCACCCCCAGCCAUCGCUCCAGCCUCACCCCCAGCCAUCGCCCCAGCCUCACCCCCAGCCAUCGCUCCAGCCUCACCCCCAGCCAUCGCCCCAGCCUCACCCCCAGCCAUCGCCCCAGCCUCACCCCCAGCCAUUGCUCCAGCCUCACCCCCAGCCAUCGCCCCAGCCUCAUACCCAGCCAUUGCCCCAGCCUCAGCCCCAGCCUCACCCCCAGCCAUCGCUCCGGCCUCACCCCCAGCCAUCGCUCCGGCCUCACCCCCAGCCAUCGCUCCGGCCUCACCCCCAGCCAUCGCUCCGGCCUCACCCCCAGCCAUCGCCCCGGCCUCACCCCCAGCCAUCGCCCCAGCCUCACCCCCAGCCAUUGCUCCAGCCUCACCCCCAGCCAUCGCUCCGGCCUCACUCCCAGCCAUCGCCCCGGCCUCACCCCCAGCACGGAGGAGCCCAGCCGCUCAGCCUGCAGCUGCCCAUCCAGGUCCAUCCAGCACCAGCAGUCCAGCUGCAGGCCCAACAGGCGCCAAACUUUGUGACCAUUCAGUCAUCUGCUGUCGCAAAACAGAUCCAGCCCCAGCUCCAACACCUCCAGAUCCACCAGCUCCGACCCCAACACCUCCAGCUCCAGACCCAACCCCAGACAGGAACCCAACACCUCCAGCUCCAGACCCAACCCCAGACAGGAACCCAACACCUCCAGCUCCAGUCCCAACCCCAGACAGGAACCCAACACCUCCAGCUCCAGACCCAACCCCAGACAGGAACCCAACACCUCCAGCUCCAGACCCAACCCCAGACAGGAACCCAACACCUCCAGCUCCAGUCCCAACCCCAGACAGGAACCCAACACCUCCAGCUCCAGACCCAACAUCUCCAGCUGAAGAGCCAACCCCAGACAGGAAGCCAACACCUCCAGCUCCAGACCCAACACCUCCAGCUGAAGAGCCAACCCCAGACAGGAACCCAACACCUCCAGACCCAACCCCAGACAGGAACCCAACACCUCCAGCUCCAGACCCAACCCCAGACAGGAACCCAACACCUCCAGCUCCAGUCCCAACCCCAGACAGGAACCCAACACCUCCAGCUGAAGAGCCAACCCCAGACAGGAACCCAACACCUCCAGCUCCAGACCCAACACCUCCAGCUGAAGAGCCAACCCCAGACAGGAACCCAACACCUCCAGACCCAACCCCAGACAGGAACCCAACACCUCCAGACCCAGUGUUUCCAGUCCCAGCAACACCAGGAUGCUAAGGAGGCCAGUCGGCCUAGCUCCAGCAUGCACACACAGGUGUUGGAGCAGCAGAAACAGAGGAAAAUGAUGUCACCUACUGAGAUAAAGGACAAUCAGAGGAGGAGGAGGGAGGAGCGCAUGGAGGAGGAGGAGAGGAGGAGGAGGAAGGAGGAGGCUGAGGAGAAGAGACGCUCUAAGCAGAGUGUCUGCAGAGUGUCGGCAGGGCUCUACAGACACAAGGAGCACCUAAAGCAGGAGAUCCUGAAGAAGAGAGCUUUGCUGGACAAGGAGCUGAAGCUGGAGGUUCAGGAGGAGUUGAGGAGGGACAUCAGCCGACUGAGGAGGGAGAAGGAGAGAGCACAGGCAGCAAUCAACCAGGCUGCCUCAUCCUCCUCCUCUCACUCCUCCUCUCACUCCUCCUCUCACUCCUCCUCUCAGUCCGCACAUAAACGCAAGGGGGAGGAAGAGAAAGAUGGAAGCCGGCAAAGAGAUGGAGAAAGGGACCGUAAAAGACAGAGAGAUUCCUAUAUGGAUGGAGACAGAAACAGAUAUGUAGACAGGGACAGGGGUAAACCAAGAGAUGGAGAGAGAGUCAAAUACAAAGACAAAGAGAGAGAUCGGGCCAUGGACUCCUCCUCAUGUUCUUCCAAGCCCAAAAAGACAGUGGUUUCUACCUCAGGAGAUCCUAGGAGAGACACCAACCUGUACUGCGUCUGCAGAACACCGUAUGAUGAAUCUAGGUUCUACAUUGGCUGUGACCUGUGUUCUAACUGGUUCCACGGUGCAUGUGUGGGGAUCACCGAGCAGCAGGCCCGUCUCCUGGACGACUACGUCUGUGCCGACUGCUCGGGUGCGCAGGAGGGCGGGGCUGGGCAGGAGGGUGGGGCCAGCACGGAGGAACUCUACUGCAUCUGCAGGACACCUUAUGAUGAAGCACAGUUCUAUAUUGGCUGUGACCGGUGCCAGAGCUGGUACCAUGGGCGCUGUGUGGGCAUCGUGCCAAGCGAGGCAACGCACAUCGACACGUAUGUGUGCCCACCGUGCCAGGCCACGCAGGACACCACCGUGCUCACGCCGCUCACCGCUAAGGACUACGAGGGCUUGAAAAGAAUACUGCGAGCCUUACAGGCUCAUAAGAUGGCCUGGCCCUUCCUCGAGCCUGUGGACCCUGGAGAUGCCCCUGACUACUAUGGAGUCAUCAAGGAACCAAUGGACUUCUCUACUAUGGACGCCAGGCUGCAGCAGCGCUACUACAGCAAGCUGACGGAGUUUGUGGCCGACGUGACCAAAGUUUUUGAAAACUGCCGCUACUACAACCCCCCCGACUCCCCCUUCUACCAGUGUGCCGAGCAGCUGGAGGACGUGUUCGUGCAGAAGCUCAAGAGCUUCAAAGCUGGCAGGUGGUCUUCUCAGGUGUGAGGGUGUUGAUGGGACAGGCAGCUCCGUAGGGACACUAGCUCCGGACUGGUGGAUUCCUUGACAGUGGACAUUCUGUGCCCUUGUAGAAGAUUGUAGAAGCAAUCCAAACCAUGUUUUUGAGUUUUAGGUGAAGGAAUUCCAAAGAUGCCUUUAGUGGCUAUCUGUAGUUGGCAGCCACCUAGACUCAUCUCACAGAAACCAGGAAAACGCUGUACAUUUAUUUUCACUUCAUUGAAUUUUAGUGUUUAAAUCUGGCAUGUACAACUCGGCAAAGCAUGAGUUGUUGAUGAAUCUGUUUUAGUUGGUUGGUGGUUCAUUCAAUUGUCAGUUGGAUUAAAGAUCCAGAUUUCUCAACCGUCGGUGUAAAAGUGAGUGUUUUAUUGUAGGCCGUUUUGUGUUGCCUCCUGGUGGCCUUGCUAACAAUUAAGAUGUGAUGUGUUACUGGGUAGGCAGGCCGUCUGCUCAGUGGGAAGGAGACAUCCAGCUCCACUACUUGAUUGUUAUUGUUUUGGGGAGUUUUAAAUAAUUUUGUGAUUGAUUAAAACAAUAAAUGUAAUGGUUGUAUGGUCUUUAAAAUCCUUUUGUGAAGGAUUGUUGUAUAGUUCAAACAUCCUGUGGUCCUGGUUCAAGAAGAAUUAACCACUCAUUCCCACCUGCAACCCCCUGCUCCUAAAUCCACGGGUCACUGCAUUGAUUUGUUUGUCCAUGUUCAUGUCACUUGUGUUUAGAGAGUACUAAAUAAAAACCUGUAAAGUUUCUAACCUGUCCUCCACCUCCCUUUCUCUCCCGUUCUGUAGGGCUCAUAACCACAAGCUUCAGAUGUCCUCUCUGGCCUCUUAGAGCUGCUUCUCAAGGACUGGUGCUGCACAUUGGCACCUGGGGGUCAAUACUGGCACCUGGGGGGGUGAAUAUUGGCUCCGGUGGAGGGUCAAUCUGGCACCUGGGGGUCAAUACUGGGUCCUGGGGGUCAAUAGUUUUGUUUUUCUUCAGACGCUUACCUCGGACAGUCCACAUACUUCCAUUAAGAAAUGUUCUUUCUUGAUCAUUCCUUUCUAUUACUCUCUCCUCUCUGGACCACUGUUUUGGUUGCGCACACAGCCUUCAUGUGUUCAAGACAGACAUUUUAGUGCUGAUUCACUCAGCAUACUGAGCAAGGCUGGAUACUAACUGGAUAGUUCCACAUUAUGGCCCUGGGACAUCGAGAAGGAUAACUAGAGUGGACGUAGCGGUCUCCUCCUUUCUUUGUAAAGCGUCUUAACUCAAUUUUUUCUUAUUUUUUGGGGUAUUUCAACUGAUUAAAUCUUGAUGUAGGCUAAAUGAAACUGAAUAAAGGAAGAAGCUCUUCA